GCAGUAGAGAAGAGACACGCGCUCCUGCACAGCACACAGACAGCAGCCUGCCGUUACCUCAACAUUUACCUUCCUCUGCUUUGCCGAAAAUUAAAAGUCACAAAGUUUCGGAUUUUUAAGAAGCGCCAUGCCAGGUUUUCAUUUACCCCAAACUCUGACAAACUGACAGAUUUCACAGCGCGUGCCCAGAUUCAAACCGUGUCUGCUAACCAACCGUCGCCUCGCUGAGGAAAACCGAUCUUUUUCGCCGCCAACGCGAUUACGCUGCUCAGCAAAUAGUGGCAAGAAGUCUGAAACCACAUGUGCUCGUCUCCAAACCGGAGAGACGCGGUUUCGUUUGUCUUCAGAGAGGAAAAGAGUUGGCUUUAAGCCGUACUGACAGACACAAGGGAAGGGAGGACGGUCUCGUGAGAACGCUGGAGAAGAGCAUUGGAAAUUCACGCGGUGCGUAAUAUUCACGUUUCUUCUUGGCACUACUGCGCGAACAGUUGAAAUAAACGAGGGGAAAAUGUAGUCAGUGUGGAUGGUUAUCAGUAUAGCCACUUUAGACGCUAACCAUUACAGGCGAAUGGCUCUUUAAACACGGUGAAGGGGGCGGUAGUUGUGGAGGCAAUGCCAAGUUGAAGUGUCUCGACAUUGUCAGUAUUAAUAAACGCUAAAGUGCCCAGGACCGUCUGUUUAACAUUUAUGGGAUCGUGGAUAUUUUAAACAUCCACUGCUAUUAAAAAGUGGAGAGAAAUGCUGAAUGAAGAUGACACAUUGACUGGGAUAUUCACGUAAACCGCAGGCACACGCGCUGUCAGUCACCUGCUCACAAAGGUAAACGCACCUUUACGCUUAAACACAGUUCAAAAUGAUGACCAGCGGACCCAGCAUCGUCUAUGAAUGGCUGAAAACCCUUCAGCUGUGUCAGUAUGUCGAGGCUUUUGUGGAUAACGGGUACGACGACUUGGAAGUUUGCAAACAAAUUGGAGACCCGGACUUGGAUGCCAUCGGUGUGUUCAUUCCGCACCACCGCCAGCGGAUUCACGAUGCCGUGCAAAGGUUAAAAGAUCACGAUAAGGAGACGGCCACUGGGCUUUAUUUCACCCUGGAGCCGAUGCCCCCGGUCUCACCUAUAUUCAGGAGUCGCAUGGCAGAGCAAUGCGAGCCUAGGCUGCGGGGCUCCAGGUCAUGGACUGAGCAGAGCAGUGAUAGAGCGGCGCGCAGCAUGGGGUACAUGGGGGCGUCCAGGAAUCUGACGCUGGGGAACCGCAAGGAGCUGGAAGUCUACCCAAAACUGAAGCUGAAGAUCAUGAUCAGGGAUAAACUCAUUAGGGACGGGAUAAACCUUGCCAAGCAGCCAUACUCUAAUAAGGUGAGUAGCUGUGUUUACCUUUUGUCCCGCGUCGCUAUAAACCACGUGGCCUUUCCUUGAAUCAGAUAUUUG